AGCAAAACUUCAAUUCCUCAGCAAUUCACUACAAUCACUUACCACUAUCCACUAUGUUCAAGACACCUACCGCCCUCGCCCUCUUUGCCACGGCUGCUCUGGCUGCGGACUCCAUCAAAGUCGCAUACAUCUCUCCCAACUACUACCUUGACCUUUCGGACCACCAUUGGCGGUCGCACGUCACAGUCGGCAUCGACGACGGUUCUCGUUUCUCCUGUGAAGGCGUCUGGCUCCAGGAUUCCACUGAUUACCCGCAUGACUUCACGCCUUGCCAGAACACUAACUGGGAGUGGUUCACGCCCCGCUGGGUCAGCGAAAACGACUUCGACAUCGAAAUCGCGCACACAUACACUGUUGAAGAGACCAACCCUUCCCGCACGGCUCAUCACCGCGAUGUUGGCCGCAGGACCAUUACUGAGGCCGAUCUCACUUGCUCCCCUGGUGGCAGUGGCCCUGCUUCGCACUGCGCCACUGGUGAGAUCGAGCUGCCGAUCGUCAACUCCACGGUUACGUACUCUUAGACCAUUAUUGCGAAGUGCUUAAUGGUGCUUGACGUGGCCGAAACUGUCCUUAUUGUAAUUGUUUAAUCGAGGCCAUGAUGAGCGACGAAUCUUGGGACAACGGACUUGUAUGUACUUUUACUUAAUGCUGACUAAAAUACUACUCUCC